AUGACUACCGACAUUGAGGCCAAAGCGGUGAACACCAACACCCACCACGAUGACAUCUCUGUCUGUCGUCUGUCUGUGGUCCCCGUCGGCCGAGAGAACCUCGCCGAGGCUCUACCGCCUCACGAGUCUUACGAAGGCAGACACAGGUGGGAUCCGACUUUCAGUUGGGAGCCCGCUGAAGAGAGAAAGUUGGUGCGCAAGACCGACCUUUAUCUUCUCACAUGGCUCUGCGUGAUGUUCUUCGGCCUGCAACUCGAUCGUGGAAACUUGUCAAACGCCCUUGCGGAUAAUCUGCUCCAGGACCUUCACCUCACCAGUGAUGAUUACAAUAACGGCACAACCAUUCAACUCUUGUUCUUUCUGGCGGCUGAGUUCCCUGUUCAAAUGGUCACCAAGCGCUAUGGUUUCAGGCUUGUCCUCCCCACGCUCAUGAUGUGCUGGGGCCUGGUUUCCCUGAUGCAAGCCUGGAUGGUCAACCGCACCGGGUUCUACAUCACUCGUGCCUUGAUUGGUAUGUUUGAGGGCGGAUUUAUCCCUGGAACUAUCCUCUUUGCAACUUAUUUCUAUACAUCGAAAGAACUUUCCGUGCGCCUGGCAGCGUUCUGGUCGACUCUGAAUGUUGCUCGGGUCAUAUCUGCGCUUUUAGCUGCAGGUAUUCUCCAGAUGCGUGGCAUUCACGGGCACUCCGGUUGGUUUUGGCUUUUCGUUUUGGAGGGUGCACUGACUUGCGUCCUGGCCUUCAUUGUUUCCCUCCCUGCAGUCCUUUAUCUACCUCCCUACCUCGCCGACAUCGACGAGGACCAUUCUCUGGCGAAAGCCAUGCGCAUUCUCCGCGACGACCCAGCAAAGGGUAUCACCGCCCUCAAAGAGCCGGCAACCUGGGCCGACAUCAAGAGCGCCUGGACGGACAAGUCGAUGUGGGGUCUGUACUUCAUCGGCCUCGUGGCAUACAUCCCAGCCACGCCGGUCCAGGCCUACUUGACCCUCACGCUGAAGCGCAUCGGCUUCUCGACAUUCGACUCCAACAUGCUCACUGUGCCCUCCGCCGUUCUCCAGAUCAUCACCAUGCUGGCACUGGCGUACAGCAGCAACUACUUCAACGAGCGUGCUUUCCACUGCAUCUUUGGCGAGGCGUGGAUCAUGCCUCUACUUAUUGCCAUGUUGACUAUCCCUGAUGGUGGGCGAGACUGGUCCCGCUUCACCCUUGUCACCAUGAUCUCCGGCUACCCGUAUUUCCACCCUAUUGUAUCCUCAUGGAUCUCUGAAAACACAUUCGACGUCAAGAAGCGAGCCAUCACCGCGGCCACGUACAACGUCAUUGUGCAGGUCGGCUCGCUCAUCGGCUCCCAGAUCUAUCGCGCCUACGACGCCCCGUACUACAAGCGUGGAAACGCGGUCCUGGUGUCCAUCUGCGGCCUUAGCCUCAUCACUUUCGUUAUCCAGCGCCAGGUCCUGGUGCACUUGAACAAGAAGAAGGAUGCGGCGUGGGAGGCGAUGACUUCGGAGGAACGGGCAGCCUACCAGGAUGACAAAGAGGCCCGCGAGAAGGAUGGAAAUAAACGCUCUCUCACCUCUCUCCCUACAUCUCACAUCUCACUUGAGAUCCCAUCCGUUUAUGGCAACCUCUGGCCAGGACAUUGCAUGAGCGCAGUCCCUCAAGCACUCUACUUGACCAUGGCCUCCACAGGCCGCAAGAUCGGCAAGAGAGCAUGCGACGGAUGCAAGGUGCGCAAGAUUAGGUGCGCUGGCGUACCGCCGUGCGCUGCCUGUGUUGCCGUCCGCAUCCCCUGCACAUUUCACAAGCACCCGCUCACACGCGGACCGAGGAGUCUGCGGGCCAAGACGACGCGGCAGAUAGCGCAAGUCCAGGGCAGAGAUGUACAGGAAGUGGAAAGCCAUGCGUCGGAUGACAGGACUGCCGUCGAUCCGAACGAGAGCAGCGACACAUCCGGGUGGGCUCCCAUGGACCCAGGGCGUUCGGAGGACGUGCCGCUGGCGGUCGAUCCAGCACCGCCGGCCAUCACCGCUGUCCCCGACAGUCCGCCCCCCGCCAGCCAGCCGUCGCCUCCGAGCAUCGAGCGCAAGCCGACGCCAACCCACUCACUGGUGCUGAGCCUGUGCAUAUACCGCCUCCGCCUCUUCCCCGUCUGGCCCAUCAUCGCCGUCGAGGAGAUCAUGGCAGCGCUGCACCGCGACUCUGACGAUUUGGAAUCGUACGCUCUGGCGAAUGCCGUUGGGGCGGCUACCAUGGCUCAGUUAAAAUUGGACCGCGUCCAGGACGGAGACAGCGCGACGGCGGCCUCGAUGGAGUCGGAGUGCCGGCGGACGCAGAGACUGCUACAGAUCCGGCACGGCCAGGUGCCGCCCAUGAACCUCAACGCAUUGAGGAUAUCGUUCUUCUUACAUGUCUACCACGAGAACAACGCCCCCGGCGGCCCGAGGUCUUUGCUGUAUCUCAGGGAGGCCAUUACUAUAGCACAGCUCCUCGGCCUUCAUAAACAAGCAACGUACCUCCCGCUACCACCUAGGGAGCAACAAAUGAUGCAGAGGAUAUUGUGGUUGCUUUUUGUCACAGAAAGGGGCGUGGCAAUGCUGCAUCAGCUACCUGUCAUAUUACGAUGCAACAUCAAGUUUCUUAAUCUCGAUGAUGCUGAUGACGAGGCUCAUGUGCUACCUGCUUUCCGACGCCUCGUCAAUCUGUUCUGGCUAUUCGAUCAGUCUGGGGUGUUCAAUCUCCAAGACAUGGACGACAUGAUCCGUGAGCCGGAUGGAACACCGGACCCUCUCAACCGCAACAUCCUCGAUCUAUUACAACGACAACUACGCGAGGUCCCACUAGCUUCCGAGUUCAAGAACGAGGUCCAGACCGCAGACAUAUAUGUGACCCGCCAAUGGAUGCAGGCCAUCCUCUGGAGGGCAUCGAUAAAUCGUGGCCGUCGGCCCCCUGCUUCCGAGCAGUCCACUUCACUGUCUCAUCCGAUCCACAUCGCGAGAGAGUUCCUCGAGACUAUAUCCAGAGUUCCCAGUACAGCUGUAGAGGCUCACGGGCCAGCAAUGGAGUACAAGAUCUACGAAAUUGCGAGGGCCGUCAGCGACUCGGUUCUCUGCAACAUUUUGGUCCCGCGUGACACACUUGACAGGCCAAGAGAGAUACUCACGCAGUUACAGCUCAAGCUUGCCUCGUGCCGAGGUGGCAACAAGGCGCUCUUGUCCCUGCUGCGAAGCCGCAUCGCGCAGAUCCAGGACGGUGAAGGGAUGCCAAUGAACACGCGCCCUGGCUCCCGCGUCGAGGAGAUUGUUGACGAUAAUGAUGUGCAGACAUCCGUGCAGCCAUCCAUGCACAUGGAAGAAGGCAUGGAUAGGAGUUGUCAGCCCUCAAACCCUUCUGCAAUGUCCCUGCCAAUGGAUCAACAGGGAUAUGACAGUCAGAAUCCUUACCAAGCUGGACUCUCUGACAUGACACCAUGGAAUCAGGGCAUGUCGCCCAAUACUGUGCCAUCUACAUACGAUCUAUUCAACGAGCUGCAAGCCUUUGGAGGCUCAUUGACGGAUGUCGAAUCUGCAGGAAUUCUGGAUUUGCUUUCAGUCAACGGUUCAACUUCGGAGGUCGCUGGGAACUGGGACUGGUCAGGUGGAGGAUCUCUUGGGAUGGGAUAUAGCCAAUCGCUAUAG